CUACCCCAAAGAAGAAAUGAUCUAUAGAUGGAGAAAAAACUCAGUGGAGGCAGCCGAUCAGCAGUCAUGGCGACUGUAUCAGUUUGACUUCAUGGGCCUCAGAAACACGACAGAAAUUGUGACAACCUCUGCAGGUGAUUACGUUGUCAUGACCAUAUAUUUUGAAUUAAGUAGAAGAAUGGGCUACUUCACGAUUCAGACAUACAUUCCCUGUAUACUGACUGUGGUUUUAUCCUGGGUGUCAUUUUGGAUUAAAAAAGAUGCUACACCAGCAAGGACAGCAUUAGGUAUCACCACCGUGCUAACAAUGACUACCCUUAGCACCAUAGCAAGGAAUUCCCUCCCAAGGGUCUCCUAUGUGACCGCCAUGGACCUCUUUGUGACUGUGUGCUUCUUAUUCGUCUUUGCUGCCCUGAUGGAGUAUGCCACCCUCAACUACUAUUCAAGCUGUAGGAAACCAAGUGCAGCGAUAAAGAAAACAUCGUUACUGCAUCCAGAUUCCUCACGAUGGAUUCAUGAGCGAAUAAGCCUACAAGCUCCUUCUAAUUACUCUCUCCUCGACAUGAGGCCACCACCACCACCUACAAUGAUCACUUUAAACAAUUCUGUGUACUGGCAAGAAUUUGAAGAUACCUGUGUCUAUGAGUGUUUGGAUGGAAAAGACUGUCAGAGCUUUUUCUGCUGCUAUGAAGAAUGUAAAUCAGGCUCCUGGAGAAAAGGACGUAUUCACAUAGACAUCUUGGAGCUGGACUCGUACUCCCGGGUCUUUUUCCCCACGUCCUUCCUACUGUUUAACCUGGUCUACUGGGUUGGGUACCUGUAUCUCUAAGUGCUGCCCUCAGUGAUGAGUGGAAAGCACUUGGUUCACAUUCUUCUCCUUCGAUCACCCCCUGAUCAGUAGUGAACAACCAGAAGUACCAAGGAAGGGCACUGCUCAGUUGAUCUGAAGUCAUACAUUACCUUCCCACGGCACAGGAUGUGUCUAGCAAAUACUUCUAUUAUGUAUUUUACACCCCUCCACACACACACACAUUAGUUCAAUUUUAAAGUGAUAUUCUUGUUCACUCCUUAUUGAUCUGUAGCUUGGUGAUGUUUAUGAACAAUUUUGCAUAUUGGAAGCAGCUGUGGAUUAACUGGCCAUGGCAAGAAAUGUGUAACCCACGCAAGCAUAUAUAACACUUUCUCGGGCCCCUACUUCUGUUGUCCUGUUCCUUUGCAACCUCUAGCAUCGGCUUUCAUGUGCAUUGGGACAUUGCCAAGUGCAAACACACUGAGUCACCCUGGGUCCCAUCUUCAUGGGCAUUCUGAGUUCAAAUGUGCCCUGUUUUGUUCCCAGUUUCCUCUCACUAUGGCCUCUUUUACUCUGACAUCAUUGUUGCCAUACAUCACCCCUAAACCUACUAACCUCACCCUAGGCCUGGGAUAUGUGUGCAUGUAGUAUCUGGAAGUUCCUGUUUGAGGAAAAAUACAAUUUGUUUUUAGUUUUUAUGCCAUUUACAUCAUAUAUGUUGAUUAUCUCUGAGCAUUAGGUUAAAGCGUUAGCCAAAAAUACUGAAAAUCAACAGCAUUGAAACGUGAAUUCUUGGACUAGUUCAGUUUGAGUUCAGUGUUUUACCUGAAGAGUUGUUUUAUUAUACUAAGCUCAAUCCCAGAAUAUGUGUCCAGCUAAUGUUACUAUGGAUUCAGUGUCUUCAGUUUGUAAAGAAAGGUAUGAGGCAUACACAAACUUUUGACUUUAAAAACCUAUUGUAGAAGGUGAAAGAAAUGUAGGUAGAAGGUUAAAAAUUUUAUU